AUGGCUUACUAUCAACAACAGGUGAACAAUCCCCAGAACAUGCAGUUCUACCAAUCUAACUAUUCUUACCAACAAACACAACCGAAUAUUCCAGUCAACAGCAUGGGCUCCAUGGAUAUGGGAUUCAACAAUGAUGUAAGUGGUGUAAUGGGUGGUGGCGAAUUGACUCCAGGACUACUUGCAGCAUUUGGCACUCUGGGAUACCCUGGUGAACCCCCAUUACUUGAAGAAUUGGGAAUAAAUUUUCUGCACAUCAAAUCAAAGACGCUUGUGGUGUUGAAUCCAUUGAUGAAGGAUAUACCAAGUGAUAUUAUGGCCGAUUCCGAUCUAGCUGGUCCUAUUUUGUUUGUGCUAUUGUUUGGUACUUUGCUUCUAUUGGCAGGAAAAGUGCAAUUUGGGUAUAUAUACGGUGUUGGGUUGUUUGGGACCAUCAGUUUACACUAUUUGUUCAAGUUUAUGAGUAAUGAUACUCAAAUCGAUCUUAGUCGUUCAGCAUCUGUCAUUGGAUAUUGUUUACUACCAUUAGUGUUGAUUAGUGUUGUUGGAGUCGUUACAAACUUGGAUAACUUGGUGGGCUACAUUCUUAGUACAAUUGCCGUGUUGUGGUGUACAUAUUCAGCUAGUGGAUUCUUUGUUUCGGUGUUGAAAUUGCACAAUGUUAGACCUUUGAUUGCGUAUCCAUUGUGCAUGUUUUACACAGUGUUUGCACUCAUGGCUAUAUUUGUUGAAAAGACAGAAGUAUGA